UAAAUUCUUAAAUAUAAACCAACAAUAUAAAUUUGCUUACCAGUUUGUAUGGGUCAGGAAGGAUGUAGACAAAGGGUGAUGAAAUGAAAAGUAGAAAGAUGGAGAAAUUAAAACGACAUCGUAGUUGAGAAGUUAAUAUUUUUAAAUAAAAGGGGGUGACAAAGAGCUUGUCUCAACGUGAGCACAGUACAGAAAACAAAACUCUUCAUUCUCUUUUCUCUCUCUCUGUAUCUGCAAGAAAACUCGAAGUAUGGAGAACCAAGAUCCGUCAAACACUCCUCCACGUGGUCCCUACCACCGCCGAGCACAAUCCGAAGUCCAGUACCGGUUACCCGAGGACCUGGAUCUGGUAUCGGAUCCAUUGUUCGAUGGUCUUGGAGGAUCAGAGGACGAUUUGUUUUGCAGUUACAUGGACAUUGAAAAACUUGGCUCCAUUCCCACCACCCAAGACAACCCGCCCAAACCCGAUGCCGCCAAUGCCAAUGUCCCAUCCAAGCCACGCCAUCGUUACAGUAAUUCAGUUGAUGGUUCCACUUCGUCUUCCUCAAUUAUGGAGUCUAUUGAAGCUAAGAAAGCUAUGGAUCCUGAUAAGUUAGCCGAGCUGUGGACCGUGGAUCCAAAACGAGCUAAAAGGAUUCUUGCGAAUCGGCAGUCUGCUGCUCGUUCAAAAGAGAGGAAAGCACGCUAUAUAACUGAACUUGAGAGAAAGGUCCAGACACUUCAAACAGAAGCCACUACCCUAUCUGCACAACUCACACUAUUCCAGAGAGACACAACAGAUUUGUCUACUGAGAACACAGAGCUUAAACUUCGGUUACAGGCUAUGGAACAACAGGCUCAGUUACGUGAUGCUCUGAAUGAAGCACUAAAGAAGGAAGUAGAGAGGCUGAAGAUUGCAACUGGAGAAAUAAUGACCCCCACAGAUACCUACAACUUAGGCAUGCAACACAUUCCAUAUAGUCAAUCAUUGUUUUACCAACACCCAUCACAAUCUGGGCCAGGAGACUCUCAGAACAUGCAAAUGCCACAAUUACAUCCAUUUCACGCUAACACAUCAGGGCCCCUUCAGCCUAUGCUAGCCACAGCCCAGUCACGUGCCUUCUCAGAUAUGCUGCAGCAGGAUCCCCUUGGCAGAUUGCAGGGGCUGGAUAUCAAUAGCAGAAGUUCUCAUCUAGUUAAGUCUGAAGGCCCCUCAAUUUCUGCCAGUGAAAGCAGCAGCACAUUCUGAUAAAGGUUGCCAAUCUUCUGUCCACCGUGUUUGUUGAAUUGUUCAUAGUCUGACCUUAUUGACAGCCACAGGUACUGUUUAUUUGAUUUCAAUUCUUUUUUGUGAGUGGGAGUUAGGUUUUUCAGUAGCUUUGCCAUUUCUAAGAUAUUGGUGAGUUCUUUCCCUGUCCGAUUCAAAUUUCAUUUCUUUGGGGCAUUCAUCAGGAAAUAGAAGUUUCCUUUUUAAGGAGUAGAAGUGCAUCUUUUCUUGCCAGAAUCCAUCAUUGUAUUGUCUGUUUGUUACUGUUUAAACUCUCUGAUCACCAUAGAAUAAUUUUUUAUAAUCUUACUUUUUAUAUAUAUUUUCUAUCUUUUUCUCUCC